GCAUUUAAUUUUCUCCAUCAUCAAAAUCAAACACAAUACAAAACCAGCUGCGAGUGAUUGGAUCAGAAAAAUCGGUGAAUUCGUUGCAAUUAAUUGCUAAAUUGAGGAUUAAAAUCGUCAGAAAACAGUGAGUGCUACAUGAUUUAGCUACAAGGGUGGAAAAGUGCAAUCGUUCCGAAGAUGAAUCGGGUAAUGUUGAACUUCACGCCCGAUUUUAAGCCAUCCCGAAAAUCGAUGAUCGGGGUCACGACGACGACACCGGGGUCGGCAUCAUUCUCGGGAUCCGUCAGUACUCGGCGUCGCUAUUCGUUAGCCGGGGAUGCUUCCAUUUCCAUGUCGGUGAAUGGAACGGCGUCCGAAACGCAAACACCCAACAUCAAUGGCGCCGCCGUUGCCGUAGGACGUGGUCUGCACGAGAAUCUGAUGAUGAAGAUCCUGUCCAACCCGGUGGAUCAACUGCUGGAGGCGGACGAUUCCGAUUCUGCGUUGUCGGAUGUCUCGUUUUACAGCUCUUCGAUAGAGACGGAUAUGUCGCCCUUUACCGGCGAACAGCUAGUCGAAUCCGACGUGCUUCUUCGUUGCACCACGCCACCGAAUGCGCUGAUCGAUUGUCAAAACAAUCCCCGGUUGGCUCGGUUGUACAAAGAUUUGCAAAGCCCUUCGGCCACAACGCGGCUUCGGGCACUGCGGGCACUGAAGUCGCCCUCCAAGAGGGAAGCCUACGGCCAAUUUGAUGUGCCCCAUGAGGAACAGGACAUCAUUACAGCCGAGGAGCGAGCCAUGUCAAAUUGCAAGACGAUCCAGGAAAUCAUGGCCGGGGUCUGUAUCUACGUGGAAGUUCGUUCCGGGGCUGACAAUCGCUCCGAUGGUAUCAAGGAUCACGUGGCGACGCUCGGGGCUAAGGUCAACGAGAAGUUGUACAAGGACACAACGCAUGUCAUCUUCAAGGAUGGCCUCCUCUCCACCUACCUGAAAGCAAAGAAGAUGAACAUUCCGGUGGUGUCGAUUCUGUGGAUCGAAGCCUGCAAGCGGCACAUGUGUCUGAUGAAUCCAGACAGUUUUCCAAUUUCCAACAAGGUUCGCUACGAGAAUCCGGGACUGUUCAAGAAGAUUCGGCGUCCAAAGUCCAUGCAACCACGCGCCGAAGAAGCCAUCGGAUCCGGAGGUAAGAGGCGUCCUCCGUUGAAAGCGGCCAACUCAAUCGACUCUGCGAUUUCACCGCCGACAAAACUUCCAGUGCUACAUCGGCUUCGCAAAGAUGAUGGGUUGGAGCAAAUUUUGAAUGAGUUCCAGGCGGAAAAUGAAAAUACUCCUGAACCACAGGAUGACUUCGAUAGACUACUGGCUGGGCCGAUGAGGUUGCUUGAAAAGUUUCGAAAUUCUCCUGUUGUAGCCUCGGCGGAACGGGAGAAAGAGACAGAGCAGGCAACACCGGAAGCUCCGACAAGAAGCAUCCGGAAGUCGUUGUUCGAUGGAUCUGCUGAGAAGGAGACAACACCUACCGGGCAGAAUAGAAGAAGCACCAUUGCUAGCAAGGAUGUUAGUGUAACAUAUCAUAUGACAAGACAACGUAGGAAGACGAUGCUAUUUACGCCUAGGAUUACCAGUUUGGAAGAGGAAAAUGAGUCUCCUGCUUCGGUUCCAAAGCCGGUACGCAACAAAAGAAAGACCAUGUCUGUCUCGGUAGCAAAGGAAAACACUUCACCUAGGAAGACCGAUACUAUCUGUUCACCCAAAGCGAUGGAGCUUUGCAAGGCCAACAGUGAGAAUAUUCGAGAAAACAUUCCGCCUCCUGGUAGUCAGAAGGUUCGGAAUACGAUCUACUCACCGAGUGGGAUGGAGCAAUCAUCGGAAAAGACUGAAAAGACAGCCAGGAUUGAAGUGGCAGCCACUUCCCGCAGGACCUUAUGUCCUUCAACCUCGGGUAACGUGAAUGAUAGCAGCGUGUCACACAAUACUAAAACCCCCGAAUUGGAUGACAAAGAUCUGGAAGCUUUCCGUACCAAUCGUAGAAGAACUCUGUACACACCGGGAGUCUACGAUCAGUCCGAUCAGCAGCAGAAAACAUCUGCCCAAACUUCUGUGAUAACGAGACGUAGAACUUUGUUCAAUCCGGCUGCAAAUUCUACGGCAACGACAAACAGCACUCCUGCUGCGAACGAAAGUUCCGCCCGCAGAAGAAGAACUCUCUACACUCCGUCAGCUUCUAUGGACGUUCCAGAAACUCCGGACAGUUCUUCGAGCAAUAGUCGACGUACAACAAUAUUCGCCACGCCAAAACCAAACACAAUUCCUCAGAGGACUUUGGCUCCAAUCGGCACGCCGACUUCUUCCGCCCAAAAGCGGAACAAAACUCUCCUCGAAGAGUACCAGUCAAGUUUGACGUUCAGUUCUACCAGAACCCCGGUGAGCGAGCGUCGCAAAACCAUAUUCGACAUCUCGAUGGAUAUCAUCGACCAGCGACUGUCCCAGAUCAACAAGCAAUCCAAACAACCCGAAACAUCGGACGGUAGCAAGUCGGAAGUCGGCAUGUCCGUUCUAAAAUCCCCUCCACCUCGACCAUCAUCCGUUAUACGCCAAACUUCGAUGGAUUCCUUCUACCGAAAGCAGUCCAAAUCGACGGAGAAAACCGUCAAGUUCAAGACGUCGGCCGACCUCCGGGAAACUACGGCCACAAAUCCUACCACAAUCAUCUCCCGCAAGCGUAAGCUCUUCAACGCCCAACCUUCGAUCCCCGAAACGCCACCACCUUCCACCGACAACGGCAGUCAAGACUCGGACCCAAUCGCCUUAUCAGAGAAUCCAACCAAACAUCCCAAGACGGUUGUAUCCUUCACAACUCCAGUCCUACCAAAACAUCGUUCCCUUGCUCCGGCUCCGGUGACUCCAAAAUCCGCAAAAACCGUCAGCACGGCUGCCUCCCGUCGCAGUUCGAUGUUCUUCAAUCCACCGAUUGCCAACAAACCGGUUACAGCGCGACCCGUCAUGGGAACUCAAGCCCGUACGAUGAAGGCACUUGGACUCGGUGCCGGACUGCCAACGGCAUCUUCACAGCAGGUGGCAACGCAAGCGAAAACGGCCAAACCGCAGUUCCAUCUAGCCACCACCAAUCUACACGCGGAGCAACAUGCCUUCGUUAAAGAGGCCGUCACCAAGCUGGGAGGGUUCACCGUUUCCAACAACGUCACCGACCGGACGACCCACCUGGUCAGUCUCGAACCACGCCGGACGGUCAAUAUCCUACGGGCGCUAGCCCGCGGGCUCUGGAUCGUUUCUUACGAAUGGAUCCGGCAAUCGUUCGAAACCCGUCGGUGGCUACCGGAGGAACAGUUCGAGAUGCGGGAUUUCUCCACUGCCGUGCAGCAAUGCCGCAGCGAGCGGCAAGCGUUCGGUCCCCGCUACCGGAUGGAGCUGUUUGCCGACUGUGGCGCGUUCUACGUGUCGGAAAAGUGCGAAGUGCCGUACGAUCAACUGCGGGAACUGAUCAUCACAUGUAGGGGUAAGAUUUCGGGCGAUGCACAAAAAGCGAAGUAUGUGAUUAUUUCGUCACGGGAGGAUUUACCGACCGUUCCGGCCGGCGGAUCGUUCUGCGUCAGUCCACUCUGGGUGCUGGACAGUAUUAGCAACAAUAGGGUGAAGAAGGUCUACAGAUAUUUGGUUCGGAAAUGACUGAUUUUGAGAUUAAGACUUGAAAGUUUGAGAACAUAUUUCGGAAUAGUAGAAAUUUACAAAA